CCAUCUCUGAUGCAUGCACCCAUCCAUCCCUCCUUCCACCCCUCCUUCCAUCUCUCCUUCCUUCCUUCCAUCCAUCCAUCCAUCUAUCCAUCCAUCCAUCCAUCACACCCACCCAUCCAUCCCUCCUUCCAUCUCUCCUUCCUCCCUUCCAUCCAUCCAUCCAUCCAUCACUACAUGCAU